UUCACCCUAAUGCAAUGUACGAAGAGGCAGCCGACUUACUGAGUAGAAAAGUUUUCCUAGAAAGUUUUGUGUUGAAGAACGAGCAAUGUCUGUCACUGUUAGAGAUAUAUAGGGGCUGAAAAUACCAACACAACUACAACAUGAACUGGGCUUUCCUGCAGGGUCUCCUGAGUGGGGUCAACAAGUACUCCACCGCCUUCGGCCGUAUCUGGCUGUCCGUCGUGUUCAUCUUCAGGCUCAUGGUGUUCGUGGUGGCGGCGGAGAAAGUGUGGGGCGACGAACAGAAAGACUUUGACUGCAACACCCGCCAGCCAGGCUGUCACAACGUGUGCUACGACCACUUCUUCCCCGUGUCCCACACUCGUCUCUGGGCCCUCCAGCUCAUCUUCGUCACCUGCCCCUCCCUCCUGGUGGUGCUUCACGUCGCGUACCGGGACGGACGGGAACGGAAACGCCGUCUGAAGCACGGCGAGGACUGCGUCCCCAUCUACGACCACACGGGGAAGAAGCGAGGAGGGCUGUGGUGGACCUACUUUCUGAGCCUGGCUUUUAAGUUGGUGGUGGAUGCCGUGUUCAUCUUCCUGGUGUUUUACAUCUAUGAGGACCCUUUCUUUCCCCUUGUGGUCAAGUGCUCAGAAGACCCAUGCCCCAAUGUGGUGGACUGCUUCAUCGCCAGGCCCACAGAAAAGCGAGUGUUCACCGUGUUCUUGGUGGUGACCAGUUUCGUGUGCAUCCUCCUCACCCUGUUGGAGAUGGUGUACCUGGUGGGGAAGAGAUGUGGGGAGUGCUGCAGAGGAUCUCACCCUGGUCAAGGGCGAUCCUCCGUCAUGUCGACUGCCCCCUUGACCAGGAAGGACAGUUCGGUGUUGAACGGGCCAGGGCUGCAGAAAAUGAAGCUGGCUGAGAUGCAUGAUGGCACUGCUAAGAGUCAGAUCUCUGCACCGCCCUACAGCCAGGAGUUACCUCCGGAGAAAGGUGUAUGCUGUUCGGAAAGUCACUGACCCCUUCGUUUAAAACUGUGUGUGGCUAUGUGAAUGACUUAUUAAAACAAACUUAAAUGUUUUGUUAAGUGUAUGAUAUGUAUUGUUUACUACAGUUUUUUCAUUUGCAUACAGGAUUUCUUUUUUUUUAUUGUAGUUUCAA